CAUGUUGCUCACGCUGCCUCGCGCCACACGCUUCGCUGCGCCUCCCUGCUUGUCCCGCUCGCUCGCCACUCGCCGCCGCAGCCGCCCUCCCGUAACGAACGACGAGGCUGUGCGCGUGCUGCAGCGCCUCGCCUCGUCGCCCGCCUCGCCCGCCGCCCGGACCGGGCUGGCCGACUGCCUCGAGCGGCUCGCAGAGAACAAGCAGAGCGACCUGGCGUGGCGGCUGUACACCCGGCUCGAUGCGGCGGGCUCGGCCUCCCUCGCCAAGCCCGAGUACACCGCCUUUCUCCACGCCGUCGGCUCGAUUGGCGUCGCGCCGCUGGCCGCUCGCGCAGGCCGGAUCGAGGCGGACAUGAGGGCGGCGGGCGAGGACGACCCCCUCUGCGAGUGGCAGCUCUGCGUGCUGCUGCAGGCGGCGGCAAGCGCAGGGCCGCUCCGAGGCCGACCCGAGAUGAGCCGCUAUGGAACCAGAGCCCGCCCCGCCCUCACCGCGCUGAUGAACGCCUUUGCGCGGCGCGGAGACCUCGCGACGCUCGCGGCGCUGCAGCGGCGGGCGGACGAGGCGGGCGUCCCCCUCUACACCGAGCGAGUCAACGCGAUGCUGCUCGGCUGCCGCGAGGUUGGCGACGCGGCGGAGGCGGCGUGCCGCUCGCCGGGCGGGCCGCUGCCAGACUCGGCCACGCGCAAAGCCGCUCCUCGCCCGCCUAGUUGCUGGCGGGUCGACGCGCUGACCCGCAACUCGCUCAUCCGGCACUACUUGCGGGCGGGGCGGCCAGAGGGCGCGUUCCGCGUCUUUUCGGAGGCGCGGCGGCGGGGCCAGACGCCGCCCGCCAACCUCAAGGUGCUGGCCGCGCUGGCGGAGGGGUGCUCGGCGGCGAGCGAGGUAGCGGAGACGGAGGAGGAGGGGCGGAGGUGGAUGGGGCGCGCCCUCGAGCUGUACGCCGCGAGCGAGGCGCUCCUCGCCGCCCGCGCCGACCUGGCAGUGUGGUGGCUGCUACGUUAG